AUGGCAGGAAGCAUGGCAGUGUGCCAAGCAUUCUACAACUUGAUCCACAGUGAGAUCCCAUCAAAGCAAAAUGAAAUUUCCUACUCAUGUGGUCUUUGUGAUUUCUACCUUGGUGUAUGUGGCCAGGGCCAAAAGGUACAGAAGGUGGUGAUGCAGCCCAUCGACCUCAUCUUCAGAUACUUGCAAAAUAGAUCUCGAAUUCAGGUAUGGCUGACUGAGCAGGUGAGAAUGAGGAUAGAGGAUUGUAUCGUUAAGUUUGUUGAGCACAGGAAACUCAUAGUAGAUGAUGCAAAAGACAAUCAUUCUCAGACAAAGUCAAGAAAACAACUGGGUUGGACCAUGCUCAAAGGAGAUAGCAUUACUCUAAUCUAG